AUGGUCCCUGCCUACAUCACUGUAGGAUCGUUAUGGGAUGGUGGUAUUGAUAUGGAUAAGCCAAGUACAGAAAAUCUGUGCUUCUGGGGGAAACACAUUCUAACUGCUUCAUCAUCCAAUAGAGGCACUCCCAGCACACUGCUCGGCUUCUACAUAUACCACAACCGGCAAGAGAACGUGGAGGUUAUCGCGGAAGAACACUCAAACAUUGUAUCUCCCAAGCCAAAUCUCAUAAUCCAGACACCAAAAGUUGUUUCCACGGUACGAUGGCGGUUUUCUAAACCAAUAUAUGGAUUUUACGCCGGGAUAGUGCAAGAAGGAAGAAGGAAGCAGCUUCGGGGGUCUCAAGCAUCAUACAGUCUGAGUACUGUCAUUAGAGAGUCGAGAUCUUCUCCCUUUCUCUGGUUGAUCCUGACCGCGACCUCUGGUGAACUGGACCUUACAGUCCUAGUCAAACUAGCCGAACUUCUCUAA